AUGGGUGACUGGAAUUUCCUUGGAGGGAUUUUGGAGGAAGUUCAUGUCCACUCUACCAUUGUUGGGAAAAUAUGGCUGACAAUCCUUUUCAUAUUCCGCAUGCUUGUCCUUGGAGUGGCUGCUGAAGACGUGUGGACUGAUGAGCAAUCGGAGUUCAUCUGCAACACAGAGCAGCCAGGGUGCAGAAACGUGUGCUAUGACAAGGCUUUCCCAAUCUCACUCAUACGAUACUGGGUCUUGCAAGUAAUCUUUGUGUCUUCGCCAUCCCUGGUGUACAUGGGCCAUGCUCUGUACAGGCUCAGGGCAUUGGAGAAAGAAACACAGAAGAAGAAAGUAGAGCUAAAGGGUGAACUGGAAGAAACCGAGACAAUGGUGGAAGACAGGCGUCGAUUAGAGCGAGAGUUAAGGCAAUUGGAACGCAGAAAAUUAAACAAAGCACCACUGCAAGGGUCUCUGCUGCGCACUUACGUCCUACACAUUCUCACCAGGUCUGUGGUCGAAGUAGGAUUUAUGAUGGGUCAGUUUUUGCUCUAUGGACUUGAACUGGAUCCUUUGUACAAAUGUAAACGGUCCCCCUGCCCUAAUAUCGUUGAUUGCUUUGUAUCCAGACCCACUGAGAAGACGGUUUUCAUGCUAUUCAUGCUGUGCAUUGCAGCAGUUUCCUUGUUUUUAAACAUUCUUGAAAUCAUUCAUUUGGGCUGUAAGAAAAUUGAAUUGGGACUUUUUGGAUAUUAUCCCAAACUGAAAGAGGACAUGGGGGAUAUCUGCACCAACAAAUCCCAGAAGAACUCCAGCGCUCAGCAAAUCUCUCUCUCGACAUCUAGGCUCCCUACUGCCCCCAGCGGUUACAGUUUGCUGCUUGAGAAGCAAGCAGAGGCCACACUGUAUCCAAUAUUUACACCAAGAACGGAAUUCAAACCCAUCGAAGAUGAUCGGAAACAAAGUCAUAAAGAGCAACAGGAGCAUCCAAUGGCCAAUCCAUGUAAGGCACAUUCUAACACAGCAUUAAGCUGCAAUGAAGGACCAAAAAAGUCAAAUGGAUCCGAAGUUCCCAGCCAAAGGAGUGAAGAAUUGAUUGAGCACUCAAACACUGCCUCCCUCCCUGUCAAUGGCUUCGCCCCAAACUCAUAUUCCACUAGUCAGAUGGAACUAUCCACACCCGGUGCGUUAUACCCAUCCCUUCACACAGGUAUGGCAUCUUUCCCCGCAAUUUCAGCCAUCACCAGUCGCAAACUACGCCGAGUCAGCGCCUCAUUUAACUGCGCCACAGUGGCCGAGCGCAGCGGUUCCGCCACUGAAUCUGAACCAAGUAACAAGGGAAGGUGUGUCUUCGGUGCUACCAGGGCCCGGGCAGCUUCGAGAACGGACCUGAAACGGCCCAGCAGAUGUGACACCCCCGAUUCAAUCUGUGAAUCCAGCUCAGAGUCGAAGCAUAGCAGAAACGGCGGCAGUCCCCAGGCUCUCUCUCCCUCACGGAGAAUGUCAUUGGCAAGUAACGCCAGCGGCAGGCGUGCUCCCACCGAUCUCCAGAUAUGA